AUGUCUCAGAACGUCAUCGCACCUUACCAUGUUGAAGAUGAGAAGAACUCAAUACCGCUGCUUGAUAGGCCUCUAGGUGUUGCGGAACCUCCGAGCGCGGAAGAGAAGAGUUGGAAGGAGAAGGGUAGCGAGUUCAUGGACAGUGAGAAACAGUUGGAGAAGAGGAAGGCUCUUAUUCGACAGGCUUCGUCAGGAUAUUUCUAUGAUCUGCAUAUGACGAGGAGGCAUGGCGGAAAGACGUGGAUGGCACCUAAAGUGCUUAUCCGACAAGAGAAAGCCCUAUACUUCCCGGAUAUAGUUGGUCACCGGCUGGACAAUGGCGAAAAGACACAUACGACUGCGAUGUGUAAGGGGAAAAUCACCGUCGUCUCGAUGCUCACUACCAAAAUCUCCGAGUCGCACGCCCAAGCGUAUACUGAACGCGUAAACGAAGCCUACGCGUCCAACCCAUCCUACCAAUACCUCCAAAUAAACCUGCAAGAAAAUGUCCUCAAGUCUCUGCUCGUCAACCUCUUCCUUUCUUCUCUGCGCUCUACAAUACCAACAUCAUUACAUCCUACAUAUCUGGUUUCAAGGCAGAAUAUGGACUACGUCCGCGACUCGCUCCUCAUGACCAACUCCCGAAUCGGAUACGUAUACGUUCUCGACGAAGACCUCAAAGUUCGCUGGGGAGCGUGCGCAGAUGCGAAGCCCGAGGAAGAAGAGGCAUUAUAUAGGGGCGUUGGGGUGUUGCUGAAUAGGUUGGAUAAGGCGAAGGUGGGGAGUAUAGGCGCGGGGAAGAAGGGUGGGAAGAAGUGAGACUUGUUUGGAUAGAUUCAGAGAAGGUGCCGGGGGCGCUCACUGGAGUCUGCAAGCUAUGACUUCCACUUCUU